AUGUAAAGUGCAACGAGCUAAAGAAACUUCGUGAGGACCCCUCAUUCCAUUACAAAAACUUAACAGCGCAAAGAGAAUUUCGCAAUCAGUUUGACUGCUGGUUUGGUCACAGGUGUUCGUAAUAUAGGUGUAAAUAAAGUCAUGUAGGUGUACGUGUUCACCCACGCGCUUUAGUCACCACCCAAACUAAUGUGUCGCGGCGAUUGCUUCAUUCGCGUCUAGGGUAUUGAAAUAUGUCAACAUUGAAAUCUCUCGUUUCUCAUCGACAACCUAGUUAUCCAAUACUUGGCACUACAUAAAUAGCUGCGGGAAGGUUCAUGCGUGCACGACACGUUGUCAGCUGAUCUGGUUAAAGCAGGUCUCUGGGUUGAGUCACAUCUCAAGGUGGCUCAUCUUAGAUAUAUAAUUAUCCCGUCACGACGUUCGAAGAACACUCCAUCGUGACAUUUUACGGACAUUCUGAUACUGAUCUAUUACAUUAACCCCACAGCCACCAGGCGUUAAGAGACUUGGCGUUCUUUCUGGCUUCCCCUACACAGAGUAGACUCGUCUUUAAGCAGGCCUCUGAUUGGCCGAGCUCCGUUCAUUGUAAAUCGACCUCGAGUGUUAACAACCUGGCUUGGCUUGCACAGCGCUGAGCGUACGGACGCGGUGGCAUACACCCCAAACUGGAACCAGACCCCUGGACUACAACGAAAGGACACUCGCAUCUCGAGGAGAAGACGAUCAGGGAUCGGACUGCAGGCCACUAGUAUAGACAGGACCAAAAUGGAGCGGGAUAUUGCUGGUCCUACUAGUUCUACGGAGUCACUUCUAUGCUCCAACGGGCAGAGCACCUCCACAAACUUGAUUUCUAUUCAGAUCUGCCCUUCUACAGGUGGACAAUUCGAUCUCCAAGUAACGCAAGAGUUCACAGUGGACGACUUAAAAAGAGCAAUAGGAAAAAAGCUUAAAGUUACAAGGGACAAAAUCAGUAUACUAUUUCGAGAAAAGAUUUUAAAAGAUGGGACUUUACGGGAACACAGCGUGGUGGACGGAAGCCGGAUCACUCUGUUACCGCACGUAGAGAGCGGACUCAUGAAUCAACGUGCUGAACAAAGUGUUUUACAAGCUUUGGAGAAUUUAUCAGACGGACAGGUAAAUGAUUUUCUUUCCGGUAAGUCACCCCUGACUUUAGCUAUGAGACUUGGAGACCACAUGAUGUUUGUACAGCUUCAACUCUCGACGACCCCGCCCAAGAAAGUUGCAAAAAGAAAGAGGACAUCAGCCAAUCAGACGUCGUCUUCAGUGUCGUCUGCUGGCACCGCCUCAAUGGGAACAUCAAAUGGAUCGACUGCUGCGAUUUCACCAGCCUCACAGUUACUGUAUAAAGACGCUCAGUCCACUCUGCCAUCCAAUACAUUACCACCACCAUCAUCAUCAUCAUCAUCUACAGCAACAGAUAUUACCCCAUCGUCUUUAAAUAAACCGCCUUACGCCUCAUCAUCACAAACAAUGACAGUGAAAGAAGCUCCACCAAUUAACACAUUACCUAUACUGGACAAAUCGCUAUUAGCAGAGGCAAGCAGAAAUUUAUCAAAAAGAUUAAAGGAAUUGUCACAGGCAUCGGCUGAAGCAGCGAAAAACCAGGAGGAAGACUUGACCCCACCACCAUCGCCCCCUGUUACAACUAACACGAUGAAACCAACAUCAUCAUCAUUAUCCACAUCUUCCACUACAACAUCCACCACCUCCUCCUCCUCCUCAGUGAUGUCAUCAUUGUCACCAGCCAUGGCACGUGAUAAACAGCAAGGUGCCAUCAUAGAGAGCAUGCAGCACCACGGACAAGGUGUCUACUCAGGGACUUUCUCAGGCACCUUAAAUCCAGCACUGCAGGACAGAGAUGGGAAGCCCAAGAAGAGUAUCAGCACAAUAAUUCACAUUCUGAAUGACCUUUUGGGGGCCACGCCACAGUACAGAGCAAGUUCUGGGAAGCAGAGUUCUAGGAAAGCAGAAAGAAUGAUGUCAGCCAUGGCCACAAAACCUAACCACACUCCUGAAAAUGAAGAGCGCCUUCAACAAGAAAACCAAACUAUACGAGGGAAGAUGGAAAGACUCCAACAAAUGAUGGAAGAAAGAAGGCAACGUCGUCAGCAGCGAAGGGAAUCGCGUGGCCCUUACCCCAUGUGGUCUCCCAUCUCUCCCCACAUGCCAAACUCUCCUGAAAAGGAGGAUGGCAGCUCAAUGGAGGUUGACGCUAACCUUGAGACAAUGACUGAUAAUGUCAAUGACAGUAACGAUAACCAGUAUAGUGUAGCACAGAAAACAGUGGUAGCUUAAAGUGGACCAGUCAAGGAGUAGUCAGAUGAACAUCCACUUUUUAACAGCUCUUACAGGGAGAAGUCUCACCCCACCCCAAGACUAAGUGUGGAUGAAGUAAAGUGAAGUGUAUAGAGCAAUUUUAGUGCUUUCUGUUAAAAGCAAUCCACUAGUGUCCAUAGACUCAAAUAUGUUAACUAAUCUGGCAGAUUGGUGAAAUGUAAGAAAGACCCUGUAUCACACUGAUUAGUCCAGCAACAUCAGAAUAAGGAGAUAAAGACACAGUGGUACAUGACACAGGAUAAUAACACAUUUACCAACCUGGAAUAUAUGUGAACGAAAUUCAGUAUUGUUUUGAAGUAGCAAUGGCAGUACUUAAUGAGGACAUCUGAAUGAUGAAUUGAGCAACAGAGCUGUCUGAUCAUCUGGCAACUUUUAUUUCAAUGACUAAGACAUUACUUUUCCUUACUUAAACAUGAAAACAUUCUAGCAUAUUAUUGAUGUAAAGUCGGAAAUAUAAAUUAGACUGUUUGACCAAAAAAAUGAAGGAUAUUUUAAAUACCAAGAGUAAAUGCCCAUUAAAUCAGUCCUCCAAAGGCCAGCUAAAGUAAGGACCCAGAAAAGAACAACCAUUCCAAGUAGAGUGAAUAUGAACAAAUCAAAGUUGGUCUAGAACAGUACAUUAAUAUCUUUAAUGUUAAUAUUUUCAUCAUCAUGAGAUGAAUUGCCUGUUUUAUACAAAGAAAAUAAAAAUAAGAAGUUUGUAUAGAUUUUUUUCAAUAAAAUGUAGAAUUCUGUACAGGCUAAAUUUAGAUUACCUUGUUUGAAUAUAUGGAAUGCAUGCUGUGUUGAUUUUAUAGUCAUUUACAUAUACCUCUUUAAACAUAUCAUUCUCUUCAUAUCAUGUUUCAUAUCCUCCUGGAGCAAAAGAAUGCAGUCUUUUAGCCUCCUACUAACCAAGCUGUACAUGUAACUGCUUCAAGUUCAGUAAACCCUGAACUGUGCAAUAAUAAGACUGGGGUACACAGAGAGAAGUACCUUAUCAAUAAAGGGAUCAAGUCUGGCUAGACUUGGUCUCACUUUGAAUGUUAGAAACAAAAAGGAAGUGUUUUUCCAGUACACUAUGUGUAUUCUAUGUUAAUUAAGAGCACAGAAUGUAUAAAGAUAGGCUGAUCAUAUGACUGCCAUGUACAGAGUUGACCUAACCAUUUGCCUUUUACCUUAAAAUUUGUAGUUGACUACAAGCAGUUGUAAUUAUAUAAAAUAAGCACAAAAAAUAAAAUAAGUGAAAUAUAA